GGGUCUUGGGUUGGGCUACUUCCCAUGUCUUACCCCUAGGCCCUAGCCAAAGAGUAGACUGUGGAGUGUGGACUCGGCUGGUCCAAUUUGGUUAGCCGGAUUUGUGGUCGCAUCAUUCGGUUCAAUUUCACAAUUUCACUUUUUAGUUUCUUCCUCUUCCCGGCAAAACUCUCCCAAUUGCAUUGUUAGAAACUCUCCUGCGAUGCAAGAUUGAAGCCCCUGACUACCAAAUUAUAACGGGUUACUCAGGCUGUCAGUUUGACGAAAGUGGUACCAUUUUCCAGGGUUUAUAAUCCAGUAGUAAAAUGAAGAAAUCACCAUUACCAGUGCAAACUAUUUGUGGGACCUCAAAGAAUAUUUGUGGGAAGGAAGCUCUGGUCAAAAUCUUGAGAUGGCAUUUUGGGCAUUCUGAAUUUCGAGGCAAGCAGCUAGAGGCGAUUGAAGCUGUUUUAUCAGGAAGGGAUUGUUUUUGUCUUAUGCCCACUGGAGGAGGAAAGUCAAUGUGUUAUCAGAUUCCUGCUCUGGCAAAAAAUGGGAUCGUCCUUGUUGUUUGUCCUUUGAUAGCUUUGAUGGAAAACCAAGUGAAGGCCUUGAAGGAGAAGGGCAUUGGAGCUGAAUUUCUCUCCUCAACUCAGACUUCCAGUGUCAAGGAGAAGAUUUACGAGGACCUGAACUCUGGAAAGCCUUCCUUGAAGCUGCUGUAUGUUACUCCAGAGUUGAUAGCAACAUCAGGUUUCAGUGCCAAGCUGUCAAAAAUUCAUGGCAGGGGGCUGUUGCAUCUGAUUGCCAUAGACGAGGCACAUUGCAUUUCAUCGUGGGGUCAUGACUUCAGGCCUAGCUACCGCAAACUGUCUUCUUUGAGAAACAUCCUUCCAGAUGUUCCAAUUUUGGCAUUGACAGCAACUGCUGCACCAAAGGUUCAGAGUGAUGUGAUUGAAUCAUUAUGCUUGCAUAAUCCUUUAAUCUUAAAGUCAUCCUUCAAUCGCCCUAAUAUAUAUUAUGAAGUUCGAUAUAAGGAUCUUCUGGAUGAUACGUAUGCUGAUAUAUGUGGGUUAAUAAAAUCCUGUGGAGAUGUCUGUGGCAUUAUCUACUGCCUUGAAAGAUCAGCUUGUGAUGCUCUGGCUGCCCACUUGUCGACUAAUGACAUAUCAUGCGCUGCUUAUCAUGCAGGGUUGAAUAAUAAAUUACGAAGUUCUGUCUUGGAUGAUUGGGUUUCUUCGAGGAUACAAGUUGUUGUGGCGACAGUUGCCUUUGGGAUGGGAAUAGAUAGAAAGGAUGUUCGAAUCGUCUGUCACUUCAAUAUUCCAAAGUCAAUGGAAGCAUUUUAUCAAGAGUCUGGUAGAGCUGGACGUGAUCAGUUACCAUGUCGAAGUGUCUUAUAUUAUAGCAUUGAUGAUCGCAAGAGAAUGGAAUUUAUUCUGAAGAAGCCUCAAAGCAAGAAAUCGGAGUCUUCAAGCUUGGCAGAUGUAUCGUUGAAGAAGUCAUUGGAUGAUUUUAGACAGAUGGUUGAGUAUUGCGAAGAGUCUGCUUGCCGCAGGAAGAAGAUCCUUCAGUGCUUUGGGGAACAGGCCCCUGCAUCUCUCUGUGGAAAAACAUGUGACUCUUGCAAGCAGCCAAAUUUAGUUUCCAAGUACCUAGGACAGUUAAGCUCCUCAGCUUCUCGACAGAAAAACAUGAUUGCGCGUGUUUUUAUGGACAGUUCCUCAAAUAAUGCUGAUGGAGAACAAUCUAGUGAGUUUUGGAAUCGUAGUGAUGAUGAAUCAUGUGGUUCUGAGGAAGAUAUAUCUGAUUCUGAAGAGGAUACUGAAGGAUUGAAGAGCCUAAGCUGCUCAAGCUUGCCAUCCAGAUCUCGAUUAAAUGAGAAGCUUGAUAUAUUGCAGCGAGCAGAAGAAAAGUAUUAUCAGAACAGAGGCCCUCAGGGACAGACUAGUAGAAAAGACAAGAAUAUAAUAUCUGAUGUGUUAAGAGAAUCAUGCAAGCAAAGACUGUUAAAAGCUAUGCAGGAGACUCAAGAACGGCUUGGCAGGCUAGACAUCGAAUCAGCUGUUACCAUCCUUGAAAAUGAGUGCUAUAAAAAAUGUGGAAAGAGCGGGAAAUCAUUUUAUAUAUCACAGAUGGCUAGUACAGUAAGGUGGCUAUCAACUGCAAGUUUAACUGAUAUAACUAACAGGCUGCAGCCUGACACCCCAAAUAUGGAGAAUUUGAAGCCAAAGGAGGAUACCGUGCCAGAGCCAACUUCCUCAAUGAACUCCGUUAAAGCUAUGAAGGAACUCAUCCAUGAAAAAGCAAGAAUGGAUCUACCUUCAGCUACUCGAACAUCGGAGAGCGGCACGAAAAAAAUAGUGCUACCACCUAUUCCGAGCUUCUCUGACUUUGUGAGGAGCACCAAACCAAAGGGUGGUGAAGUCCAUCAUUCUAACUCUAAAAGGAAUUCUACAAAUGGUUCUGGUACUGCAGACAAGAAGAUGAGGUUGUAGUAGUCUUUAAGCACAUUUUCCUCUCUAUUUGCCUUCUACAUUAUGUUCUUUCUUUUGUGGUCAUUAUUAACUCUUUGCAUUAAAGUAGUAUUACAGUAUUACUCUCUCAGUUAAACUUAUAUCUACUGAACAAAAAAAUUGAGUCCAUAUUAUGUGUUACGUUGAAUUUCCAAUGCGACACUAUUAUAAUUUGGCUAAUUUAUACUUUGAUCUACACUUCUAUUU